AAUGGGAAUGUUCUCGUGAGGCCAAAUGGACUCUGCUCAGUAACCAAAGUGUUGUAUUGGCUCGGUGUGAUCAGACAUCCUGCUGGUCACUAAAGGAGGGAUUUAAAAUGUCCCAUGAUCAGUACCUGAAGGGAGAUCUCACCCUCACCAUCACUGCAGCUGAUUACAGUAUGAGGGGUUUAUACACGUGUCAGUGUGAUGGCAGAGACAUUAAUGACGUGCGUCUCAGCAUCGAGACCAUGAUAUCAUCAGUUCAGAUAAACCCUGGUGAAGAUCUGCAGCUGGAUUUGCACGUAUCAGAGCAAGUGGAGGUGAUCUAUAAGGGUGGAGAUUCAGCAGAUCCACAUGGUGAACAGAUCUGCACUGUGGAUAGAAGCUCACUACGCUGUACAGCUGAAUACACACUGAGAACAUCACUCACUAACACAGUUCUUACACUGAGAGGAGUAAAGCUGACUGAUGGGGGAGUUUACAUCGUCCGUGACACAGAGAAUUAUGAAUAUUUUCAUACUUACACAGUAUCAGUGACAGUAUCAGUGAGAGAUCAGCAGGAGAGUGCUCUACCAGUGUGGGUGAUUAUCCCGACAGUGACAGGGCUGCUGCUUGCUUUUGUGCUGUCUGUGAUAAUCCAGUGCUACGAGAAGAAACUACUUCAGUUCUGCCAAAGAGAUGAAUCGUACAGAGGAGCAGCAGUGGAGCAGGAAGACAUCAGAGCUCGAAUGGCACCAUACAAAUGAGGGACCUGCCAGAGAACGAAAGCAUGUUGGAGCAGGAGGAGAACCUGAAGCUCAAACAUAAGAAUGGAGUAACAGAGGGAAGAGACUUAUAACUUCAUACAGCAUGAUUCUGGAGCAAGGAGAGAGCUGAACUCAGAUAGGAAGACGGGAAUAAAUGAUUUCUCCAUCCCUUUGUUCUUCACAACACCAAAAGAAUACGACCUGACUACAGAAUCUGCUGGAAUCCUCCCUCAUACUGUUUGUCAGUUCUAGACCUGACUACUGCAAGUCUUUUUUUUAAUCCCUUUAUCUGUUACAUAUCCUCAUCAGAUCUUUUUAUAGGCUUCUCCUGUCAUAUAUUACCUUUGGAGAUGAUUUCACUGAGCACCACAUCAUGUACGAAGCCUGGUUUAGAUCUCCACAAAUGAUGUUGGAGCAGUAAGACAACCUGAAGCUCAAACAUAAGAAUGGAGUAACAGAGGGAAGAGAUUUAUAACAUCAUGCAGCAUGUUUUUCCCCACCUGCAAGAUGUUCAGUGCACAUGAGAAGAAGUAGAAGAAUAACAUACUCUAAGUGUAGUCUUUUGAGAGGGUUAUCUGUAGCAUCAUUACUAGAGAUUGUGAGGGAGGAUCUAAGCACACAGAACAGUGUUAGCAUAGAUAUGCUAGGUGCUGUGAUUAGCGUGCACACAAAGCUAUUGAUGAACAUGCAGCAGUGAAUUGAGCCUGCAUAGAAGUCUACUUCCGUUCCUCUCGCACUCAUCAGUGACGCACAGUCGCACUUUGUUAUUGCUCGCUCGCAGGGCUACACUCUGCUCAUGAUUCAACUAGAUAUUUGAGAUUUUGGGGCCAGAAUUCAGACACACACAUGUUCCCACUGCUAUGAUUAGCUAGAUAUAAAAUACCAAAGUGCUAAUUUAGGUACUUCCUGAAGAAGAAGGUGUUUAUGGAGGUGCCAGGACAGAGGAGAGUCUUGAUGCAGGUCUUCCUUGUACCCUGAGAGAUGGAGAGAGCAGGCGAGCAGUGCUAGAGGAUCAGAGGGAGCGUGGUGCAGUGUGAGGUGUGAUAAGUGCUUUGAGGUAGCUGGAUGCUGGUCUGUUUUUGGCUUUGUAGGUGAGCAUCAGUGUUUUAAAUCUGAUGCAGCAGCUACAGGAAGCCAGUGGAGGGAGCCUAGCAUUAAUUUAAUUAAUUUAAUUAAUUGACAAGCAGAAUGUUUAAACAGACUGGCAUGAAAAUGGCCAUUUCAUUAAGAGUCAGAAAUGGUAGUGUAGUGUAGCUGUAUGUACAAUAGACUUGUUCACUGUUAGCUUUUACUUGAAUGCUAUGUUUUUAUGUACAAUAUAAAUUCUAUGUUUUGUGUUUGUCACAGAAGACAUUUUGUACAUUGAUAAUAAAAUUUGUAUUUUAUAUUA